UCAGUAGAAAAAAGGCGUGCUUCAUGAUAAUAUAAUUAGUGAAACAGAAAGGAAACCGAAAGCAAAAAAGUAAACAUCUCAGCUCAGUUCCAGUUCUACUGCCUUUCACACUGUUUACACUCAGCAACUUAGAUUAGGAAACACAUGAAGAAAACCUCACCAAAAAUUUUCAACGAAUACAUUUUGCAGAAACAAGACACAUUUCAAGAAGACAACUAAGAAGACAAGUAGUUCAUCAACAAAUGAAUACCCUGGGUAAACCCUACGAGUGGCAGCUGUUUGAUGGACAGCAAUGGUUUCAAAUACAAAACGAUAAUAUAAUCGAGUGUAACUACUGCCAGCCAGGAACAAAAGGGAUCACCAUUGAUACAGACAAGGGACCUCUUUACAUUGAUUAUGAUGCCAUGACAAUAAAGGCCUUGUUUUACACGACUGUUGUUGACCUUGCUGUACGACGACUAUCGUCUCAGUCUCACAAUCAGACAGAAGAUGUGGGCUGGUACUACAAAGACGACAAUUCCUGGUGUGAAUAUGGGUUACAGGGAUCAAGUAACAGCAUGUCAUCAAUAAACAGUCGAGACAUAGAGCAGAACUAUAACUCCAAUCCCACAAGCAUCUUCAGCUUUACAACAGGAAAAUAUAAAUACAAUUUGAACUUCUCUGCAAUGAUACAAACCAACCGGUCUACUGGCAAACAGAGAGAAGUGAGGAGGAGGCCAAAGUUUAACUCUGUAACCUAUGUAAACAACAGUCUGAACACUGAACCGAUUACAUCAACCAUAAACCCAUCUCCAUCAGCUACACAUACUGCAAAUGCAUCCACAGAGGUAUCCUGGCAGUUUAUGGGUGAUGAAGGCAUGUGGACAGAGUAUCAGAAACCAAGUUCUUCUCUGGAGAGUAGUGAGAUAGAGAGAGAGUAUCAGAGGAAUCCACAGGGCAAGCUUGCUUUCAGGGCUGGGCGCUACAAUUACUCUCUCAAUUUUAACGGUAUGUACCAGAUCAAUUUGACAUGUACCACGAGGCGAGAUGUCCGGAGAGUCUCUGCAGAUGAGAGCAACAGUCCUCUUUGCCAAGCUCGCUGGCAGUUUAAAGAUGUAGACGGCCGCUGGAAAUACUUUGUUAAAGGCACUGGGAAAGGGAAAUGUACUGUCUCGAUUCAGGAAAUUGAGAUGCAGUACCAGCAGAACACAGCAGGGAUUUUAUAUUACAGCUCAGAGCAGUUCAACUACAAACUUGACUUCUCAGAAAUGACCCAGACUAACUUAUCCACUGGUAAGAGGAGGCAAGUCCGACGUGUCUGACUUCAAGUGCUGGAGUUUUUCUAGCAAUUCUCAGGAUGUUUAUUCAUUUGUAAACCUUUACUAUACAUCUUUACCUUUCCAGCUGCUGAUCUGUAUAUCUGAAUUCCUGUCAAUUUUACUGCCUAAAAAACAUCUCACCAGUACAUAACCAUGUUUUAAUGGUUUGCUACAGUAGGAAAAUCAUCAAGCUAUGCAUUAAAUUGGACCAGAAUUGUGCAUAUUUGUAUUAAAGAUAGAAAUUGGGCAUCACUAUAAAAAUGUAUUAUAUACUGAGAAUUUAUUCUUUUCUGGCAUCUAAACAUUAACACUGUUUACUUCAUUUCUUUAUCGUGUGUGUAGCAUCCCCAGCUGAACAGAUGCACUUUACUCUUGGAUACUGAUGUUUAUAUAAUUUACAGAUCACUGGCAUUUUUGUCAUACUGUAUAAACACAUUUCGAAGAUAAUCUGUAAUACUUAAAUACAGAUGUUUAUUGUGCAAUUUGAUUAAACUUUAUUUAAACCGUAAA